AUGUUGAUAUUCAAUACAUAUUUACAAUAUAAACCCUUCCUUCUCUCCCCCACCUUAUUAUAUAUAAAUAAAAUUCCCCCUCUCAUUUUUAAUCAUAAGUUCAUUCUAAAACUUUAUCUUAUAAUUUAUCUUAUAUGUUUUUUAAAUUUAAUGGGGUUUGUUAUUCGAUGCUACGAAGAAAGUCAAUUAUCAGAUAAAGCUCAAGUUAUAGACCUUGAACGAAGAUGUCAAAUUGGCCAAUCAAAACGUGUCUUUCUCUUCACUGACAAUUUGGGUGACCCCAUUUGUAGAAUACGUAAUAGUCCCAUGUAUAAAAUGCUGGUUGCUGAGUGGGACAAGGAAGUGGUUGGUGUUAUUCAAGGCUCUAUAAAAGCGGUUUUUUUGACUGCUCAUAAACCGCCACCGCCCGGUUUGGUGGUUAAAGUGGGCUACAUUCUUGGCUUGAGAGUGGCGCCGCCGUAUCGCCGCCGUGGGAUUGGCUCCGGCCUCGUCCGUCGUUUGGAAGAUUGGUUUGUUUCUAAUGAUGUUGAUUACUGUUGCAUGGCCACUGAGAAAGAUAAUCAUGCCUCUCUUAAUCUCUUCAUCAAUAAUUUAAGGUACAUAAAGUUUAGAACAGGAAGAAUCUUAGUAGACCCAGUAAGAAAUCGUCCAUACAAUAUCAAUUCAUCAGAAAUCAACAUUCAAAAGCUAAAAAUAGAAGAAGCAGAAGCAAUAUACAAAAAACACAUGGCCUCAACAGAGUUCUUCCCCAAAGACAUAAAAAGCAUAUUGAAAAACAAGCUGAGCUUAGGGACAUGGAUGGCAAAUUUCAAACAACCGCCAUGGUUGUCGCCGUCGACCGCUGUCGGCGGAAACAGGCAGAUUACAACGAGCAGCUGGGCCAUUGCAAGUCUAUGGAAUAGUGGGGAAGUUUUCAAGCUAAGGCUAGGAAAAGCACCAUUUCCAUGGCUUAUUUACACAAAGAGUUUAAAAAUUAUGGAUAAAAUUUUGCCUUGCUUUAAGCUUGUUUUGGUGCCUGAUUUUUUCAAGCCAUUUGGGUUUUAUUUUGUUUAUGGAUUGCACCAUGAAGGCCCUUUUUCUGAGAGAUUGGUUGGAGCUUUGUGCAAAUUUGUGCAUAAUGUGGCAUUGAAGAAUAAUUCAAGGGAUAGUUGUAAAGCUAUUGUUACAGAGAUUGGUGGUGAUGAAGAUGAUGAGCUGAAAAUGGAGAUUCCUCAUUGGAAAUUGCUAUCAUGUUAUGAAGAUUUUUGGUGCAUAAAGUCCUUGAGAAAUAAUAAUAUUAGUAAUGAUAAUGAUCAUGAUCAUGAUCAUCAUAUAUUGGAAUGGACAAAUGCCCCACCUAAUAGAACUCUCUUUGUAGACCCAAGAGAAGUAUAAAAGAAUAAAUAGAAAAUGGUUGAACCCUUUUUCGACACGUCUCAAUCUAAUUAUUGUUCGUACUUGAGAACAAAGUGAAGAAAGUAGAAGAAAAGUUAUUAAGAAAAAGAAGACAACGACUUCUGAACUGAAAUAGUUAUAUUGUAAAUUUUUGUCUUUUUGUACGUGGAUAUAUCUGGAUUUAACUAGGGUUUGUUCGUACUAU